AUGAGUAGGGCUACAAGCCCACGCUGCAUGUACUAUCCGUAUGGAUUGGACACCGCCGAGUAUACCUUAUUCCGAUCUCUGAACUGCGACGGCCUGCGCGAGGAGCUUCGCGCCCACCUCGGCCGAUCUCCUACAGCCGAAAACGUCCUGGAAAUCUUGUGCGGGCCAGUCUUUGAGGACCUGCCGGUACACCAUCAAGAGAUGCAGGUCGCCCUCUGGGAUAUAGAAGAGAUCUUCAGGAUCUUCUGCAAGAUGGCUGUGGAGAUCUUGACCCUCGAGAUAUAA